CGGAAUAUGCCCAUUGAAGAGUGUGCAUGGACACCCUGGGUCGACAGACAAUAGUCCGUCUCCCGAUACAGAUCCGAUUCAAGGGCACUGAAAUGGCGACAAUUCCUAGGAUUCACCGUCAUCAUGACUACACAGUCGCGUGGAUCUCUGCACUUCCCUUGGAGAUGGCGGCUGCAGCCGCAAUGCUUGACGAGAGACAUCCGGACUUGCCAACUGAUCUGAGUGACAAUAAUAGCUAUAUCUUCGGUAGCAUACACGGGCAUAAUGUUGUGAUUGUAUGCCUUCCCGCCGGGGUAUAUGGCACAACAUCAGCGGCAGUCAUCGCCAGUCAGGUUCAAUUUACCUUCAGAUCGAUACGGUUCGGCUUGAUGGUCGGCAUCGGAGGUGCAGCUCCAUCACAAGGCGACAUCCGGCUUGGCGAUGUGGUGGUCAGCAAGCCAACGAGGGAUUAUGGUGGGAUCGUGCAGUACGACUACGGAAAGACUUUAAGCAACAACCGCUUUGAAAGAACCGGCAUGCUUAACAAACCACCGUCGGUACUCUUAACUGCGGUCUCCAAAUUGCAGGCGGAGCACAUGGUGAGGCCGAGCAAUAUCCCCGGCAUAUUGUCUGAGAUGGUAUGCAGGUACCCGAAAAUGAAAGACAAAUUCACCUACCGUGGUGCAGAGCAAGAUGUGCUGUUUGAGCCUGAUUAUGAUCAUGAAGACUCUGAGAUAACCUGCGCGAACUGUGAUCCCAGGAGAAGGGAAAGCCGGCCCGAUCGAGGUUAUGAUGUCCCCGUGGUUCAUUACGGCCUUAUUGCUUCCGCAAACCAGGUAAUGAAGAAUGGCCGUAUAAGAGAUCAACUAGCGAAUGAAUUCGGUAUUCUCUGCUUCGAGAUGGAAGCAGCUGGUUUGAUGGACAACUUCCCUUGCUUGGUGAUCCGAGGGAUCUGUGACUAUGCAGACUCUCAUAAAAACAAGCAGUGGCAAGAGUAUGCAGCUGCCACGGCGGCAGCGUAUACCAAGGAGCUUCUGUCCAUGAUUCAUACCAAGCAAGUGGUUGACAUGCCAUCACCUAAUGUGGCUUCGGAGCUGGCUCAAUAUGGUCUCAUGGCUCCAAACGGAUCGGAAACAUCUGCAGGCGAAAUAAGCAAGAAAAGUCUACACAUAGACAUCGGACAGCUACUAGAGCGGAUCUCGAACUAUGACCAUGACAAGGUUCACCAAAGACUUGCCUACAAGCGCCUUCCUGGAACAACUCAGUGGUUCUUGGACCAUGCGACAUUCAAAUCAUGGCUUACAAGUUUGGAUCAGUCCAGCCUCUGGUGUUCAGGGAAAAUUGGUUCAGGUAAAACUAUCAUCGCGGCUUCCGUCGUUGAGGCUGUCAAGUAUCGCGCACUUGAGAACUCCAGCUGCCAUUGUCCUACAGUAUUUUUCUAUUGUGAGAACGAGCAUUCUGGCUCGUUACAGGCUUCCUACAUUCUCGCCAGUCUAAUCAAGCAAUUAGCUCGGCUCUUGUACGAGUCGCAUCAGGUCUUUCCGCCACAUGUUGCUCAUGAGCUGGGGCGUUUUUUUGGAAGAGACCGAAGGGUACCAGACUAUGAUGACCUGCGAGAAAUCUUCAACCUUCUGUUCUCAUACAUGCCAAACACAAUCUACGUUAUUGACGGACUCGAUGCACUAGAACAGCAAGAGUGCCAGAAAAUGUUGCUGCUAAUUCGAGCAACCUUCCCUUCUGCCAGCCCACCCAAUGGAUCGAAGGUUAUGUUGUUGAGCAGGAAUCACGUACCAGGCUACGUGAACAUUGCUACAUUCAUGCCGUGGGCUCUCCGAAUCUCAACGUUCAAUCACGUUACUCGGGAUAUCGAAUUCUAUAUCAAAGCCAGUAUUGAUGACAAGUCUAUGCUAAGAAAGCUUACCAGUGACUGUUCCUUACUGGAAGAGAUCAAACGCGUGCUUCUGACUGAGGCCUCAGGAAUGUUUCUCUGGGUUUACCUUAUCCUCGAAAUCUUGUGGGCAACAUGCUUCACCGAUGCAGAGGUGCGCUCCGCCUUGCGUCGGCUCCCUAAGGGUUUGAAGGAAACGUAUAGGCUGUGUACUCAGCGAAUUGCGUCUGAUCCCAGGGCUGCGAAGGUUCUUAAAUGGGUCAGCUUUGCUACCAGACCAUUGCAUAUCGAUGAACUGAAGGAAGCAGUAGCCUUUGAUCUCCAUGAUACUUGCUGGGAUCACGAGAAAGUACCCCAGGACGAAUUUGUGCUCGGCUGCUGCGCUAAUCUCGUGGUUCAGGACCCUACUGAUGGCUGUAUUCGCUUCGCGCACUCGUCGGUCAAAAAGUUCCUUCUGAGUCAUCGAGCCGACCAUGAGACCAGAUAUCUGGAGAGCGAGGCGCGAGGAAACCUUCAAUGUGGGGAGUUCUGUGUUGCUUACCUCUCUUUCUCAAACUUCAGCUUACAGGUUGAGACGCAAGGACGGGAUCACAACUCAACAGGCUUGGCAGUCUCGCCAGCUUUGCUUGCCGGUGAAGCGAUCAAGUCCUCCUUGUUUUCUCUUUUUCGUGCGCCGAAGAUUCAGAAGGCUUCGAUGAAACUACCCAUUCGCCCGGUCCGUACGGACUCGCCUGGGGAGCAAUUCAAAUUCCUCGGUUACGCUGUAUCUAAUUGGGCAUUGCAGACGAGAGACAUAACACCUCAGUCUCCGGUGUGGGAGAGCUUCACGCAGCUUGCGACAUGUUUCAAUGAAACUUGGAAUUUUCACCCCUGGGUGGCGGGUGGACGCUCACGCCACUCGUUUCUCCAUGGCCUGCUUGGGUGGGCUGUGAGGGAACAGCAUAUUCCUCUUCUUCGGAUUGUUAUGUUGUAUAAAGAGGAGCUCGCCAAGAUAUGCAACCUUCCGCUGAUUGGGGAAAGCCUCCCAGCUCUGCACCUUGCGUCAAGGUUCGGUUUCACCUCGAUUGUGAGGCGCUUGCUGAAUUUAUGCGAGGUCAACUUGCCUGAUCUUGAAGGGUAUACGCCACUCCAUCACGCGGCUGAGAAGGGCCACUCAGCUGUGGUGUCAAUGCUUCUGAGAGAGACGAGUAUUGCCGUCAAUAGCAAAUCUCGAACGCAGGCUACACCCCUCUGGUUGGCAGCGCGAAACGGACACUUAGAUGUGUUGAAGGCAUUAAUCAAACGGGGUGGAGACACCGAGGCGAGAAGCAUUGACGGCCAAGCACCAAUCUCCAUAGCGAGGCAAAAUAAGCAUGAGAAAGUGGUGAACCUACUUUUCGGAAAAGGGUCUACGAUUCUGUUUGUCAGGAAGUCAUUGGCCGAGAUCGCUUCUGAAUGGGAGCUUGGACAUCUGACCGAUGAUGACGCAAUUCGAAAGUUCGAGAGCGAGUUCGAGAACGAGAUCACCUUACUAGGAGAGGCUGAGCUAGCUGCUAGGGUCGGACAGCCACGCAAAUCCGGUCGUCUACCGAACGGGGAGCUGUCACCAUCAUAUACCUUACUCGCCGUGGAGAUUGAAAGUGUGAAUCGGCUUAUGCUGAGCCUUCUCACCUUGAAAUGGAUUGCUGGUGGUGAUUAUUCUUCCUUCACACAGCACCAGCACGAAAGCAUACGAUUGACGAAAGAGUCCUUCGAGACGCUUCAAACAUGGGUCUCGAAAGUCUUAAGACCUUCCAAUCAAUUCAUGGUCUUGAUUCUGUUGACUGUAAUAGAACAUCUGAGCCAAGAGUUAGGCGCACCGCAGGCUGUGAAACUCAGAGAGAACAAGAUUUGGAAAACCGACUCGGAGGAGAAAGCGUGCACGCCCCUCUUGAAGCGAUUUCGGAAACAUGAAGCAGAAUUACGAAAAGCGCUAAAUCUUCGUAAAAAGAUCGACAUCGCUGAGUUGGUCCGAGGCCAGGUCGCUCUAGAAUCUCUGCAACAGCUUUCAUCAAGUCACCAGCACCUGUUCCAACUGAACUAUCUCACGUAUGUGCUCCACAAAGCUGGAGCAGCCGCCUAUACCAACAGUUAUGGUUGGCCGGGGCUGACCGAAUCUGUUCUCGUUCUGUGUAUGGAAAGCCUGCCGGUGUUUCUGGGUAUCAUGUCUGGCGAAAUCGCCGUGUCUACGGGGUUUAGGCAGCUUGCCGAUGUCAGGAAUAGGUUGCUUGUUGCGGGCUCCGAUGCCGCCGAGUCGUUUUGGGACCGUAGUCAUUUUGUCCAGCGGGAACCAUCAUAGAGUGGCUGGGAUUGGCCUGCAUGAGACUCCAGUUCAUUUUUGAAGAGAGAUGUUGCCGAAGAAAUGGCCGACCGCUGUCCUCAGGUAUACACAAUAUAGAGGGUUACAUUGAUACUCUUCUGUGGCGGGUGCCAGCAUUAGCCGAAAUAUAUACAACCAUGGCUCAACUUACUUCCACUUUGUGAUAGAGUCAAGCAGUCAUCAACAGUUUUAUUCUUUUUGCAAUCUGUUCAAAAUCAAGUCGAGGUGGUUUCCUUCUCACUUAAAUAUAUUUCACGUGUCUGGACUCAACGUCUUAGGCAGUAUAGACUACUAUACUCCAGUGCGGCGCAUCUCCUCUUAGCCCGCUU